AUGCGGCUCCUGCCUCUGGGCGCAGGCGGGCCCGGGCGGCACAGCCCCCGCCACCUGCGCUCCUGCCGCCCGGCGCUGCUGGUCCUGCUGCUGCCGCUGCUGCCGGGCUGCUGCCUGGGGGGCUCCCGGGCGGCGGCGGCCGGCUCUCGGAGGCCCAACGUGGUGCUGCUCCUCACCGACGACCAGGACGAAGUGCUCGGCGGCAUGACACCACUAAAGAAAACCAAGGCUCUCAUCGGAGAGAUGGGGAUGACUUUCUCCAGUGCUUAUGUGCCAAGUGCUCUUUGCUGCCCGAGCCGUGCCAGUAUCCUGACAGGGAAGUACCCACAUAAUCAUCACGUUGUUAACAACACUUUAGAGGGAAACUGCAGUAGUAAGUCUUGGCAGAAGAUCCAAGAACCAAAUACUUUCCCAGCAAUUCUCAGAUCAUUGUGUGGUUAUCAGACCUUUUUUGCAGGAAAAUACUUAAAUGAGUAUGGAGCCCCAGCUGCUGGUGGGCUGGAAUACGUUCCUCCGGGAUGGAGCUACUGGUAUGCCUUGGAGAAGAAUUCUAAGUACUAUAAUUACACUCUCUCUAUCAACGGCAAGGCACGGAAGCAUGGUGAGAACUACAGUGUGGACUACCUGACAGAUGUUUUGGCUAAUAUCUCCUUGGACUUCCUGGACUACAAGUCCAACUUUGAACCGUUCUUCAUGAUGAUCUCCACUCCAGCGCCUCACUCGCCUUGGAUAGCUGCACCCCAGUACCAGAAGACCUUCCAGAACGUCUUCGCACCAAGGAACAAGAACUUCAACAUCCAUGGAACGAACAAGCACUGGUUAAUUAGGCAAGCCAAGACCCCAAUGACUAAUUCUUCGAUACAGUUUUUAGAUAAUGCAUUUAGGAAAAGGUGGCAAACUCUACUCUCAGUUGAUGACCUUGUGGAGAAAUUGGUCAAGAGAUUGGAGUUCAUCGGGGAGCUCGACAACACUUACAUCUUCUAUACCUCUGACAACGGCUACCACACAGGACAGUUUUCUUUGCCAAUAGACAAAAGGCAGCUGUAUGAAUUUGAUAUCAAAGUUCCCCUGUUGGUUCGAGGGCCUGGGAUCAAACCAAAUCAGACAAGCAAGAUGCUCGUUGCCAACAUUGACUUGGGUCCUACUAUUUUGGACAUUGCUGGCUACAACCUGAAUAAGACGCAGAUGGAUGGGAUGUCUUUAUUGCCCAUUUUGACAGGUGUCAGCAAUGUGACCUGGCGAUCGGACGUUCUGGUGGAAUAUCAAGGCGAAGGUCGCAAUGUCACCGACCCAACAUGUCCUUCCCUGAGUCCUGGAGUCUCUCAAUGUUUCCCAGACUGUGUGUGUGAAGAUGCUUAUAACAACACGUAUGCCUGUGUGCGGACCAUGUCAGCACGGUGGAACUUACAGUACUGCGAGUUUGACGACCAGGAGGUGUUUGUGGAAGUCUAUAACCUGACUGCAGACCCCCACCAAAUCACAAACAUUGCUAAAAGCAUCGACCCAGAGCUUCUCGGGAAGAUGAACUACCGGCUGAUGAUGCUGCAGUCCUGUUCUGGACCAGCCUGCCGCACUCCAGGGGUUUUUGACCCCGGAUACAGGUUUGACCCUCGUCUCAUGUUCAACAAUUUCAAUGGCGGCAGGACUCGAAGGUUUUCCAAACACCUUCUGUAG